AAACAACAGUUACUCACUUUAGAGCCCUCUCGAGAGGUGACCAAACAGUAUCGCCCGAAGACUAAGUUAGAGCUCGAAGUGGCGGAACUGUUGGGCAAAUCAGAGAAUAACUUAACCGAUGAUAAGCCAUUGACUGUCGCCGAAGAGAAGAUAAUGAAAGCCAUGAGUUUAGAAGAGGCGAAACUGCGGCACAAAGAGCUCCAGAAAAUGCGAGCUCUUCUCAGCUAUGAAGAGGUGAAACUGAAACGUCAGGCGAAGAUUAAAAGCAAAAGAUAUCAUCGAAUUUUGAAGAGAGAGAAACUCAAGAAAAGUGUCGAAGAGUUUGAAGACAUCAAAAAGACUGAUCCGAAGGCAGCGAUCGAUAAACUCCAGGAAUUGGAUAAACUGCGAGCUCUGGAGAGGGCGAGCCUUAAGCAUAAGAACACAGGAAAGUGGGCCAAACAUCUUAAGCUUAGGGCCCAAUACGAUGAUAGCGCUCGCAUUGCUCUCACAGAACAACUUCAGAUCAGCAAUAAAUUGACACAAAAGAGAGUCCACUUUGAAGACGACGAGGAAGUGGACAAAAGUAGCGAUAAUGAGAGCGAUUCUGACGAUAAUAAUGACGAAGACGUCCCCAAAGACAAUGAGUUCGAGCCAUUGCCUGAGGAUUAUAAUCCAUGGAUGAAAAGCGGACGACAGAGUAAACCAAACACUCAACCCAUAGAGGAGGAGAAAGAGGAGGCCGAAGACGAACCCAUCAAUUUUGAGACAUCCGGUUCGCCCACUCAUGAGUCCAUUCAACCCAUAAAUACUAAAAGAAAUGAAACAAUUAAUGAUAAAAAGUCCAAAACUGUGGAACCGAUCCCAAAAGAGGCCGAAAUAGAUCCGAAUGACUUUAUUGUAGUGAAGGCUAACAAAAUCAAGUCUUCAUUUCCCGAUUUGGUGACCGAAAUGGAUUCGGACGCCGAGAGUGUGGAUGAAUCGGAUGGUAUAUCAGACGACGAACAAAGACAACUGGUGUCCGAAGCGUUCGCCGACGACGACGUGAUGAGUGAUUUUAAAAGCGCCAAAAAGGAGAGGAUAGAGAAUGAGAGCGCGAAAGACAUUAACCUUCAUUUGCCGGGUUGGGGUUCUUGGGCUGGAAAUGGUGUCAAACAAAGUAAACGCAAACGUAAAAAGUUUACGAUUAAAGCCAAGACAAAGGAACGAAAGGACGGCAACAUUGGAAAUGUGAUCAUUUCGGAGAAAAACGAUGACAUUAUCGCUAAACAUAGAGUAAAUCAAUUGCCGUUUCCUUUCAAGAAUGUGGAAGAGUUUGAGAAUAGUAUUCGUCUAACCCUUCAAUUGAACCGUUUUAUUGAUUCAAUGAAACAAUUUCAUGAGUUGAUACCUCUGGAGAGAGUCUCUAAACACUUCCAGUUCUGCGCCGACUAUUGGUUCCGACGGCAGAAAAACAUAUCAUUUAACGAGAACUGGUGUGGAAUCGAUCCCAACAUAGAUGUUGUUCACAAUUCCUAUACAUUUCCCAAACGAUAUCUUGAGUGCCAUUCAGACGGAAAACUAUGUCUCAUUGGAAGCAAACAAUUGAUAAUCAGUUUAUCAGAGAAGUUACCAAAUGUUGAGUACUUAGGAAUCGGUCACUUUGACACCAAUUACAAGACAUUGUAUGAUAUCCUCGAGUCAUAUCAAUCAGUGAAAUGGUUGGAAAUUUGCGGUUCUUGUAAGCACUUCACGGCUCAGCAGUUCCGCCAUUUGGGACAACUCUUGUCGGGAAGAGUCACCAAAUUAUUUGCAAACCUUUGUGGCAUUCAUUCAAUGAAUGUGAUUGAUAUGAUUCAAGAGAUGAGCGAAUUGACUAAAUUGCUUAUAUAUAUACGACGACCACGAGUUAUGAUAGGAUUACUUAAUUGUUUGCCAACGAGUAUAAAAUCAUUAAGAGUUGGAUCCCAUUAUAGGAUUAUGAUUGACAACCAAUUGGUGGCAACUCUAUUGGAAAGCAAUGCAAAACAUGUGCAGUAUUUAUACCUCAAUACCAAUCGUCUCACCGAAGAGGCACUGGAACUGCUCAUCAAUAAGUGGCCCAAAAGCAGCCAAAUCUUGAAUAUCUUGGUCUCGAUGGCCAGGAUUUUCGAGAUUAUGAAUACUCGCAAAAGUGGACACAAUUUUCGAGAGUAG